ACAGGGUUGGGGUGAGAGAGAGAGACGGCGAGCGAGAGAGAGCACAUAAACAGCAUCUGCUUGGCAGUAGACUUUAUUUACGACCUGGGAAGACGUUAGCAGAACAAUAUGAGGGCCUCGUUGACCUCAGAGCGUCACAGCAGAGAAAAGGAAAAACAUGCAAAUGUCUGGGAAGUUCUUUUCACUCUGUGACCUAUGAACUUGAUGACUUUCAUACACUCUCAUGAAAAAAUGAACAGGUUGUGGAGCUAAGUGGCUAAGAAAGGCUUUUCAACCACGAGAUAACCCAAAGCUUCUUCAGUGACUCGUCAUGAUUUCCACAGCUCUCCACUGGUUAGUUCUGGUGUCUUUUAUCACCCUGACCAUCGGUGGGAACGUGCUGGUAUGUUUGGCCGUGGGCCUCAGCCGUCGACUGUGGCGCAUUGCUAACUGCUUUGUGGUGUCGCUGGCGGUGACAGAUCUGUUGAUGGGCCUGCUGGUGCUACCCUUCUCCGCCACCCUGGAGCUCCGUGGCGGGAAGUGGCCCCUGGGAGGAACCAUGUGUAACAUCUAUGUCUCCUUGGAUGUCAUGCUGUGCGCUGCCUCCAUCCUGAGCCUGCUGGCGAUCAGCGUGGACCGAUACCUUGCCAUCUCAGCGCCCCUCAGCUACAUGUCGAGAAUCACCGCCACAAGGGUGACGGUGGCCAUUGCGGCCAUCUGGGCCUCGUCACUGGCUGUGUCCUUUGUGCCCAUCCACCUGGGCUGGAACACGGUGGACUACAGAGUGCAGCACUUGGACUGGCACGUUGGGGACGAGGAUAAGGAGGGACGCUACUGCCAGUUUGAAUGGAAUAACAACUACAUUGUUUUUUAUGUCUUGUGCUCAUUUUAUCUGCCGAUGCUGAUUAUUUGUGGGAUGUACCUUUGCAUAUUCAGAGUGGCACGCCAACAGGUGCAGCAAAUACGUGCCACCACGCCUUCCUUCGCCCGCACGGCGUCGACUGCAGCCAUCGCCACAGAGCACAAAGCUACCAUCACGCUCGCCGCCGUGCUGGGCGCCUUUGUCAUCUGCUGGUUCCCUUACUUCACCUUCUUCACCUGCACGGGCAUCAAAGAGCAGAUGAACCCCCCGACGACACUUCACUCUGUGCUGCUGUGGCUGGGCUACUUUAACUCUCUCCUGAACCCCAUCCUGUACCCCGCCUUGAACAGGGACUUUCGCAAGGCCUAUGCAGAGCUGCUUCUCUGCAGGAGGCCGUCACGCAGAAAACUGCGAGUGUACAAACGAUCGAGCCGCUCUAACAAGCAAAGGCUUCCCCAAGUGUCCGAGGAGCAUAAAGAGACUGAGAUGAAGAAUCUAAAUAUGCAAUAUAACCAAAAUGGUAUUUCUCAUGAGUCACGGUGAAAGGGACUGACCGGUGUCGCUUUUUUGCAGCUUCCCCCACUUGCC